CGCAAAGUCGGCUUGACCUUGUUGGCGUCCGGUAUCAUGGUCACCAUGCUCGGGAUCAGUCUCUUUUUCAACAAGACACUCAUGCGGUUGGGUAAUUUGUUGUUCAUUGCCGGGGUGCCGGUCACGCUGGGGCCCUCCCGCACCAUGGGAUACUUCCUGCAACCCCAAAAGACGCGGGCGACGGUCUGUCUGGUACUCGGAAUAUUGCUCGUCUUUUUCGGACAUCCCGUAUUCGGCAUGGUACUGGAAGCCUUUGGUCUACUGAAUUUGUUCGGCAACAUGUUCCCCCUGCUCAUGGCCGUGGUCAAACAAAUGCCGAUUGUCGGUAAUUUGAUG